UGGCCACCAAAUAAAUAAAUUAAUAAUAAUUAAUAAUUAAUUAAUUACAUGAGAAACCUUCUUCCAUCUCAUGCUUUUCCAUUUCCCACAUCUUCCCACCUAAGGUACCGAAAUUCAAGUCAAACCCUUUCUUAGUGGGCCUAAGAUCACAAGCUCCUCGGGGACUUGGAGCUUGAGAAAAUGUUUCUCAGACAUCGGAGGAGGUGAUCUGAUGGUCAAUGAUUUAUAUGCAGUACUCAAGAACGACAAGAGGGUCAAUGAGUCUUUUCUCGAAGCGCACGAAAAUCAAUGAUGGCCGAUCGAAGCCGAUAGAUGGUUGAGAAAUUGGCCGGAGAUUAAUCUUGACACGACGAUCGGGUGCAUGUGGCGUAUAAUGGUGGUUAAUUUGGUACUUUUGUGUGGAUGACUUCCAACGUGAUUUUUGAUUGAAUUUGUUGAUGGAAGGAUUGAAGGAGAGUUGGAUCAGUUCAACGGAUGGAUUAAAGAUGGGGUUUUCUUGGAUCACGAGUUUCGUUAGCUAUUGAUGAUUUCGGACACUAAUGAUAGUUGAAAUACGAAUGCUUGAAUUUUGGGUGUCCAAAGGAGUUAAUUAGCUUGAUUUUGGAGAAUUAUUGGGUGGAGAUGGAUGGAUAUCCAUGUGGGUAAGAUCAGAUGGCCUUUGAUUCAACAAGGGUGGGAUUUCUCCUUUGCAUUUUGUCAAUUCUCAUUAUUUAUACGAUUUGCACACAAGAAGAGUUUGUGAGCAUUGAGUGCUGCGCUCAGUCUGCUAACACCGAGCCAUCGACCGGCAUAAGCUGGACUUCAGAUGAAAGUUUUCCUCUCAUCCAAGGAAAAUGCAUUCCUUUCGAGCCUCCUGUGUCGAACGAUACAAGCUACAAGCAAGUGCGGAUAUUCAAAUCAGACCACGGAAGCAGGUGGUGCUACAACUUGUCGACGAUCAGUGGACACGAUUACUUGAUUAGGGGCACUUUCCUUCAUGGCCCAAGUGUGCAAACUUUGCCGGAUACCUUCUUUAACGUCUCGAUCAGCACCACGUCAAUAGCCCAAGUGAACAACUCCAUUGAUCCAUUUGAAGUGGAGGGUGUUUUCAGAGCUACAAAUCACAAUGUGGACUUCUGCUUAGUGACGGGGAAUGGCUGUCCUUUCCUUUCGAAGCUCGAAUUAAGGCCUUUAAGCAAUUUCAGUUAUGUAAAUGGCGAUCCAUCUGCUAUUCUCAAGCUUGUUGCUAGAGUCGAUCUUGGAAGCAAAAAGGAGAUCAGAUACCCGACAGAUUCAAGUGAUAGAAUAUGGACCAUCGAUGCAAGCUUUAAUGCAAUUCCUUCUAAUGUGACCAUCUAUGGUGCCAAUCCAUCUGUGCCAAUUGAAGUGCUCCAAACUGCAGUAACGAACACAGAACACUUGCAAUUCAUACAUGAUGGACUCGAAGCGGGCCACUAUGAUUAUCUUGUCUUCCUAUACUUCGCCGAGCUUAAUCUGUCAAUUAAAACGGGGCAAAGGGUCUUUGACAUAUACAUUAAUGGAAAGAAGGAGUCUGAAAAUUUCGAUAUAUUGCAGAAUGGUAGCACUUCCAACUACAGAGAAAUUGUAAAGAUGGUUAAGGCAAAUGGGCUUCUUAAUAUUUCCUUAAUCAAGGUUUCAACUGAUGUGGUUGGAUUGGAUCCCAUAUGCAAUGCCUAUGAGAUUUUCCAAGUGCACAAGAGAGUUGCAGGGACUGUACAACAAGAUGUGGAUGCAAUAGUGGAAGUGAGAGAUGCUCUACUUGUGGAGAAUGCUAAAAACGAAGUUUUGGUGAGCUUGUCUGGAGACCCAUGUAUCCCUUCUCCAUGGAAAGGCUUGAGCUGUGGCCCAGCCAGUGGGACCCCCUCCUUUGUCAUCACAAAACUGAAUCUUUCUUCACAACGUCUGCGAGGUCCGCUUCCUACGAUCAUCAGUGAGCUGAAAGAGCUGACGGAAAUAAAUCUGCAGAAUAAUGAAUUUACAGGGACUAUUCCAGAAUCAUUUUCCACUCUUCAACAUUUAAAGAACUUGUCUUUCGGGUGCAAUCCUCAACUGGACAAACAGCUUCCUCCAGGCCUAUCAAACCGAUCGAAUCUUAACACAGAAUCUGGAGAUUGUGGUGAUCAAAGCUCUUCAAGUAAUCAAGCUCAACGAAACACUGUAAUCAUAGGCACAAUCAUGGGUGGUUCCGUCUUAGUCACUAUUGCAGUUGGAGUAAUCUUCAGCUGCUUUUACAGAUGCGCGCGCCAUCCGAAUGUAGUGAAACAUGCCAUGACAAAGAAUGCUGUUUUCUCCAUGCCCAGCAUGGAUGACAUCGAAUUGAAGCCCAUAUGCAUACAGGACUUUUCUUUGAGAUGCAUUGAAACUGCCACAAGCAAGUAUAAAACCAUGAUAGGUGAAGGGGGUUUCGGAGCUGUUUACCGUGGUAAUCUACCCCAUGGUCAAGAGGUGGCUGUCAAGGUUCGGUCAGCUACCUCAACACAAGGCACCCGCGAGUUUGAGAAUGAGCUAAACCUUCUCUCAGCUAUUCGCCACGAGAAUUUGGUUCCUCUUCUUGGCUAUUGCAGCGAAAAUGACCAACAAAUUCUAGUCUACCCUUUCAUGUCCAAUGGGUCUCUACAAGAUCGACUCUAUGGUGAAGCUUCUAAGAGGAAGCCUUUGGAUUGGCAAACUAGACUCUCCGUUGCACUCGGUGCCGCUCGAGGACUACUUUAUCUGCACACAUUUGCCGGACGCUGUGUGAUACAUCGGGAUGUAAAGUCCAGCAACAUUCUUCUGGAUCAUAGCAUGUGCGCUAAGGUGGCGGAUUUCGGUUUUUCCAAAUACGCUCCUCAAGAAGGGGAUAGCGCGGCUUCUUUGGAAGUAAGAGGAACGGCGGGAUACUUGGAUCCAGAGUAUUAUUCCACUCAGCAGCUAUCUGCCAAAAGCGAUGUGUUUAGCUUUGGAGUCGUGCUUCUAGAAAUUAUAAGCGGUCGGGAACCUCUCAACAUACACAGGCCGCGCAAUGAGUGGAGCUUGGUCGAAUGGGCAAAGCCAUUUAUCAAGGAAUCAAGGAUUGAAGAAAUUGUGGAUCCAAAUAUAAAGGCUGGAUACCAUGCAGAAGCAAUGUGGAGGGUAGUGGAGGUGGCAUUGGGAUGCAUUGAGCCUUUCUCUACCUACCGACCAUGCAUGGCGGACAUUGUCCGGGAGCUCGAAGAUGCACUGAUAAUAGAGAACAAUGCCUCUGAAUACAUGAAAUCCAUUGAAAGCAUUGGAGGAUCCAAUCGCUUCCUAUCUAUAGAGAGGAAGAUUCUUGCUGUCAUUCCGACUCCAUCGGAACCAUCACCCAUUUUCUCUCAAACCAUGGCUCCUCCACAACCAAGAUAGAUUGAGAGAUGGGUAGAUGAUCGACUUCCGUCGGCCACCAUGAGCUUAUAGUAUAUAUUUAUACCUAUAACAAUAUGUGACUGUCUAAAAGUGGAACUGCUGGAUUGAUCCCUAGCAUGAGGAAACAGAAGCAUGGUGCUUGCCGCAUACUUCGUUUUUCUUUUGUUAUUUCUUCCUUUUUCAUCCGGCGAUGAAAUGGGCUACCCGCCUAACAUAGAACAAAGGUGUGAACUGGAAUUUGCGGCAUUACAUUACCUGUAUUCUGUUGUUUAUCAGAGACUGCUCUUGUUUUUUGGUAGAUUUCUAAGGACUGCUCUUUGAAUUCUGGGUUCA